AUGUCGCUCCCUCCCCCCGUCACCAGCCCCAAGAUGCCGCCGAGCAAAGACACUGCAAAGCACGAGUGCGUGUCCGAGGAUGCGCUGCAGCACCUCAGGACGUACAAAUACUCGAGCGUCGACAAAUCCUUCAUCUCCCGCUACAUCCUCAAGCAUUACUGGAAUGGCUUUGUGGAACUGCUCCCCAUGUGGAUCGCCCCCAACCUGGUCACGUUGCUCGGCUUCUUCUUCAUCCUGGGCAAUGUCGCGCUGCUUGAACUCUACGUGCCGGAUCUGGUCGGACCGGCACCAUCGUGGGUAUACUACAGCUUCGCCUUCGGCAUGUGGAUGUAUUCCACCAUGGACAACGUCGACGGCAAGCAAGCACGCCGCACUGGUACCUCGAGUCCGCUGGGAGAGCUCUUCGAUCACGGAAUUGACUCCCUAAAUUGCACCCUUGCAAGUCUUCUAGAGACCGCAGCUGUUGGAUACGGCUCAACCAAGAUUGGCGCCUUCACUGCUCUUGUGCCGGUGCUGCCCAUGUUCCUCUCUACCUGGGAGACGUACCACACACAUACACUGUAUCUUGGAUAUUUCAACGGUCCAACAGAGGGUUUGAUCCUUGCGUGCACCUUCAUCUGCAUGUCUGGCUAUUUCGGUCCUGAGAUCUGGUCGACUCCGCUGGCCCACUACUUCCCAUCCUACAAGGCAGAGAUUGGCAACGUCACACUGAAAGAGCUGUGGAUACCCAUCAUCCUGUUCGCUUUCUUCGUUGCCCACGUGCCAGCAUGUCUGGUGAACGUGGCAAAGGCACGUCGCUCGAGGAACCAGCCCUUCCUCCCAACCCUCUACGAGUGGACACCGCUGGUCAUCUUCACUGUAUGUACCAUGGCAUGGCUCGGAUCGCCAUACUCUCAUCUGCUUGAGGAUAACCACCUCGUCCUGUACUGCCUGACCAUGUCUCUGGUUUUUGGCCGCAUGACGACCAAGAUCAUCCUGGCCCACCUCACCCACCAGCCGUUCCCAUACUGGACCAUCAUGCUCGCACCUAUGAUCGGAGGUGCUCUCUUAGUGAACCACCCAUACUUCACCAUUUCUGGUACCACCUUUGGACCAUUGUCUGCAAACACCGAGUUAUGGUACCUUCGCGCGUACUUUGUCUUUGCAGCUGUUGUGUAUGGUCGAUGGGCUCACCUCGUCAUCACAAGCAUAUGCGAUUACCUUGGCAUCAACUGCUUGACCAUCCCCAAGCAGACAAGAGAGAAGAACAGCAAAACCAACGGCACUGCCAACAGCACCUAUCCCGAGAAGGGCCGCACAGACUGA